AGUUCAAUACAUGCCUCCUCGUUAGUAAAUGGGGCUAUUGGAGGGAGUAUCUAUUAUCCUUUCCAUUACCCUACGAUCAGAGACGCACUUUCCUGCUUUCCCAAUCCCCCACUCCCCUCCCUAAUUCAAACCCUAGAACCCCCUUUGAACAAAACCCCCAACGUUUAUCCCAAAAUUCUGAUUUUGAAUCGAUCUUCCAAAUUGUGACAUGGCUGGGCCUCCAUCGAGGGAGCAGGCGCUUCCUCUGCUGGCAGCGGCGAACAACCAUGGGGACUUGGCCGUGAAACUAUCGUCAUUGAAGCAGGCCAAAGACAUCUUGUUGUCCAUUGAACCUUCUCAGGCGGCGGAACUUUUCCCUUACCUGGUUGAACUUCAUUAUGCUCCUGAAUUUCUUGUCAGAAAGUACCUCCUUGAGGUAAUUGAUGAGAUUGGGGUCAGAACGAGGGAGCAUUUGUCCAUAUUGUUACCCGUCUUAUUGACAUACUUGAAAGAUAAUAACCCUGUGGUAGCAAAGCAAUCUAUUGUCAUCGGCACAAAAUUUUUCUGUAUUGUGUUGGAAGAAUUAGCAUUUCAGUUUCAACGGCGUGGUAUAGUUGAGAGAUGGCUUGAAGAGUUGUGGACAUGGAUGCUCAAAUUUAGGGAUGCUGUUUUGGGCAUUAUAUUUGAGACGACUUCUAUUGGCCCAAAACUGUUGGCAAUAAAAUUUCUGGAGACAUAUGUCCUACAGUUCACUUUGGAUUCAAAUGAUCCUGGACCAUAUGACCCUGAAGUUGCGAUGAGAUCAGGAAAAAUGUUUAACGUCUCAUGGAUAGUAGAUGGUCAUCCUCUCCUGGAUCCACCUUCUCUCAUAUCUGAUGCAAAUAGUUAUUUGGGUAUCUUAUUGGACAUGUUGCGGCCAGCUAGUAAUAUCCCUGGUUCCUUGACGAUUGCAGCUGUCAAUAGUGAAAGGAGUUGUGGUGAUGAAUUUAUUGGGGACCCGCGGCUCCACCGUCACCAGCGACUGGCGACACUGAUGCCGCUUGUUGUUGAAUUUUGUUCUUCACCCAAGCUCCUUCCAGCGGCUCAAGCAUCUCGGCGCCUUGGGGAGAACAAUCUUGCAGCUAUUGCGAGGAAGAGACCUGUCUAUUAUAAAUCUGUCCUUACUGUACUGCUUGAUUUCGGUCCAAAUUUGGAGACGGCAAAGGGUCGCCAUACUGUCAGCAUACAGUAUUCCUUGAGAAGUGCUUUGUUAGGAUUUCUGAGGUGUACUCAUCCCAUCAUUGCAGAGUCGAGAGAGAGAUUGAUCAAGGAACUGCGUGCAAUGAAUGCCGGAGAUGCUGCUGAUCAAGUUAUUCGACAAAGAGAUAAGAUGAUCAGAAUAAACGACCGUGUUUCUCGGGAUCUUCAAUUUAAUAGGGAAGAGCAGCUGUCCAGUCAGUUGCAUAUUUCAGGGGACAUAACAAAGAAAAGGUUGGCCCCAUCAGACAAUGAUGAUCAAGUCAAUAGCUUUGACUCAACUUCCAAGAGAUAUCGUGCAGGUCCUCUCAACAAUACAACCACCAUUGGUGAUAACAAUGGUGCUGGUCAUGUAAAUGGCAUAUCUCCUAAGCUCCCUGAAGACCUUAGUCCUGUCGAGCAGAUGAUUGCUAUGAUUGGUGCUUUAAUAGCCGAAGGAGAAAGAGGAGUGGAGUCUCUUGAAAUUCUGAUAUCCAAUAUACAUGCGGAUUUACUUGCUGAUAUUGUUAUAACGAAUAUGAAGCACCUGCCUAAGGACCCACUUCCUUUCACGAAAUACAGUAACACAUCUGUUAAUCAUCGUAGUGAUUCUUCUAAUGAUCCAGUCCAGGUGGGGGCUUCAAAUGGUUUUGCAACUUCUGCAGAGACAGUGGACCUUUCAGCUCAAGUACCUGCAUCCUCGUCGAACAUUGCUGGUUUGCCGUUUCCUGACAUGUCCACUUCCAUUACUCCCUCUAUGGACUCCAAACGUGAUCCACGAAGGGAUCCUCGUCGACUUGAUCCUAGGCGCGUGGCAGUCCCUGUUGAUGUGCCACCACCGACAUCUACUGUGGAAGAUAGUGUUAUUUCUGUCCAAAAUGUAGCUUUACAAUCCAACUUCAAAUCUUCCAGCCCUACCCUUCCAUCGGUAUUACCACCACUGCAGUCUAUCUCUGAAAGUGCUUCUCAGCUUUCGGUGCCUGCAACACAGACUGAAAUAGUUCCAUCAGUAUCGCCUGUACCGGAAGUCGAACUUUCAGGUCAAAUACAUGAACUCUCGAAUGUGGAAGCUGAUGACGUUCUAGCUUCAGAAAGGGAAACAAAUAAUACUAUGCAUUUUUCACCAUUGCCUGUAAACAUAGUUGAGGACAUAGUUGCGCCUGCAUCAGUCGAUAUUGCGGUGCUUGACGAAGUAUAUUCCUCAUCAUCUCAAGAGGGGGACCAACUUUCGCCAGAUAUUUCUAAUACUGAAACAACUGAGGGUUUAUCAGUAGAGUUGCCAGUGCUUCCGCAGUACAUUGAUCUCACUGUAGACGAUCAAAGAAGUUUGAGGAAAGGGGCACUUGAACGGAUAUUCGCUUUGUACCAGAAUUUCCAAAAGGAGGAUUUUAAGGAAACACAAAUUGCAUUGGUUGCCAGAUUGUUUGCACAGAUUGAUGUCAAUGAUGUAAUUGGGAUGGUGGAAAAGCGUAUUGGGCACGAGCUUAUUUUGCACAUCCUUUACCAUCUCCGUAGUCUUGUGAUCUCAGAUCCUGUGUCAUCUGCUGCCGCUGUAUACGAGGAAUUCCUUCUGAGAGUGGCAAAAUCCUUGCUAAGCGAUUUACCAGCUUCUGACAAGUCUUUUAGUCGACUUCUUGGUGAAGUUCCCUGUAUACCUGAUUGCGUGUUGGGGCUGCUGCACGAUAUAUGUACCAGGAGGCAUUCUGGAAAAGAUUCUCGAGAUGGUGAUCGUGUCACUCAGGGCCUUGGUGCUGUGUGGAGCUUGAUUCUAGGGCGGCCACUGUAUCGUCAAGCAUGUUUAGAUAUAGCUUUGAAGUGUACUAUUAACCAGGAGGAUGACGUUAGAGCAAAAGCUAUACGCCUUGUGUCGAAUAAACUAUAUGUGGUCAGUGACAUUUCUGAGAAGAUUGAGCAAUAUGCAACGGACAUGUUCUUGUCAGCCGUGGAUCAACGUUUUACAGAUGCAUUUUCUCCAUCUGUAGAAUCUGAAAAAAGAAUUGGAGAGGUACAAAAUGCAGAAACAUCUAUAAGUGGUUCUCAAGUUUCAGAGACUGGAAUUUCAGAUAACGACUCUGUUAGGGGUGACCCGAAUGCAUCUGUGACUGAUUCAACAAAUAUUUUCUCUCAAGCCCAAAGCCUCAUAUCCUUGUUUUUUGCACUAUGCACAAAGAAACCGACUCUGCUACAUCUUGUUUUUGACACCUAUGCACGUGCUUCAAGGGCUGUUAAGCAGGCCGUGCAUCGUCAUAUGGCUGUUCUUGUGAGGGCUCUGGGGUCAUCAUAUUCUGAAUUGCUUCUUAUAAUAUCUAAUCCACCCAAUGGAAGUGAAGAUUUAUUGAUACAGGUUAUUCAGUUAUUGUGUGAAGGACAAACACCGCCUCCAGAUCUGGUGAUGACUGUCAAGCAGUUGUAUGAGACCAAACUAAAGGAUGCUGCCAUUCUUAUACCUAUUCUGUCGGCUUUUUCAAAAGAUGAGGUGCUGCCUAUUUUCCCUCAGCUUGUCCAGCUUCCACUGCAGAAGUUUCAGAUGGCACUAGCUCAUAUAUUACAGGGUUCUGCUCAUACAGGUCCUGCAUUAACACCUGCUGAAGUGUUGGUAGCUAUUCAUGAUAUAUCACCUGACAAAGAUGGCCUUCCAAUAAAAAAGGUUGAUUUUGUCAUGGAAAUUUUGUCCAGACUCGUGAACAGACAGGUAUGGAGAGUGCCACAACUAUGGGUUGGCUUCUUGAAAUGUAUCUCCCAAACGCAACCACGUUCCAUUCCUGUGUUGUUGCAGUUGCCCACACCCCAGCUUGAAGGUGCUCUGAACAAAUAUCCGAAUCUUCGUGCUCGACUCACUGCUUAUGCCAAUCAAUCUGAUGUUAAGGCCUCUCUUCCUAGGUCAACACUGGCACUUCUAGGCCUUGCAUCUGAAACCGACGCGCAGCAGACGAACGUGACUUCAUCUUUGCAUGCAUCCAAACAAAGCCCUUCAGUUCGUAGUGCAACGUCUACAUGACAGAGAAAGUNAAGAAAUACGAAAGGCGAGCUGAAAAUACUACACAAGAAAAUCCAAGGUUUUUCUCUACUCUACGCCAAACCUUUGUUUUGGCUCAGGUGCAGAGACAAUUUCUUUGCUGAUUAUUGGAGGGCUCACGCGGGAGUUUGGUUUCGGGCGGUAGGCUAAUAAUCUAUCUAGCUCGUUUCCAAAGUUCGGUAGAUAGGGCAAAUAAAGUGGUUUGUUUAUUCAAAAGUUCUAGGAAUGCCGACAUUUUUAGGGAUUUAUUUUUGUAUUAUUUUUUUUUUUAGUUUUUAUUUUUGUGUCGGGUCAUUUUUCAAAUUUUUUUAGUUAUUGUAGUUGAUGUGGCUUCUAAGCUUCUAUGAAAUUAUUAAAAAUCAUGUGUGGUGGUGUCUGCUGGUUUGAGGUGUCUGCUUGGGGCAGCUGGAGGGAAAAACAAAAAACAGUAAUGUGUAUGCAUGCGAAAUUAAUGUAUGUGACGAGAAAUAUUGGGGUAUCGGUUCAUCCCAAUCGUGAUGAUCAGUCGAG